CGAGAACGGUUAUGGGAAGAGAGGGGGGGUAGGAGCUAAAGGAGAUGGCGUAUGCAGAAGAGGAAGACCUUUUAACUGUAAGGCCUAUUUUUGCUUUUUUGCAAAGCCAUGGCUGGAUGUUCCUUUUUUUUUUUUUCAGUGAUAUGCACAUGCGUUUUCCGUUCCCCAUCACGAUGAUAUCGUUCAACUCAAAGAAAAAGAAGAAAAGAUUACUAAGGAUAUAAUAUAAAAAAUUACUCAUCCUAUAAGGGUCUUCCAAAGUUAGGCGGUGAAACGAGGUAAAAAAGAAAAAGGUGUGAAUUGUUGUGUUGCGUAGGCGUGCAAACGGAGCUGGAUCCGUUUGUCGAUUCCAAGCUCCGGCCGGGUUGUUAUCCAGUCACGGGACAUUCUCGGUUUACUCUAUACGGUAAAGGAUAACAAAAUAGCGCCGAUCAAAGAGCUUUUUCUGUUGCCAAGCUAUGUUGUUGACUAUCGCAUUCCCGUUAAAGUCGCAUCAUCACGCCAGUCGCGACUU